AUGCCUAUCCAACAAGUUGGAACCGUUGAUGAGCUUAUUGAAGCCCUUUUAAAUCAUACCGAAGAUCGUGCAGAAUUCAUUGCAAAACAUAUUUCCCCGAUUCUCAGACAACUUCAACAACAGUUUUUCUUGCAAAAUACGGCGGACAAUAGAGAUCCUCUCGAACGUCUCGAUCCAUCCCUCUAUAGUGUGCCUUAUGCAUAUUUCCUUGUCGCACGUUGUAAUGUAGAAAGACCCGACGUGGUUAAUUUAUUAACUUACAUUCUUGAGUUCUUACGAAGCUUCGAUCCGAAUCAAAUUCGACUGACACCCGAAAAAUUUUUACAAGUCGCUCAAGGACUAUGCAGGAUAGCAAAUUUAUAUGGAAAUAAUAUAAUCUCCAUCAAACCGCUCACACAUGCUCUUCAAAGAUAUUCACCAUCUGCAAAUCAUUUGACGAAUUUACAUCAAUUUUUUAUUAAGGAAUGUUUAUUGACCAAAUGCUACAGACAAGCGCUCCCAAUAUUGGAUCAUGAUAUAACUGAAAUUGAUACUACGGUGAAUAAAACAAAAAUUCGUGAAUAUACG